GGUUUCCGCUGCGGAAGCCGCUGCCUCUGCUGCAUGUAAACAAAGCGGACAGCGGCUCAGGAGGCACACAGAGCUCCGUUUUAACUGAAACACUAGGUGUUUCCGUCCAUAAAUGACCAGAUCCUCUGAUGUUUGAAGCCUCAGUCUGACUGAAGCACGAUGUCGAUGGAGGAUCCGUUUUUCGUCGUCAAAGGGGAGGUGCAGAAGGCAGUGAAUGCGGCGCAGAGCCUGCACCAGAGAUGGAGCGAGCUCUUGCAGGAAGGAGGAGGAGCAUCGAAGGAAGAGAUGGACUGGACCACAAACGAGCUGAGGAAUAGCCUGCGCUCCAUUGAGUGGGAUCUGGAAGACCUGGAUGAGACUAUCAGUAUUGUGGAGUCAAACCCAAAGAAGUUUAAUUUGGAUGCAGCUGAGCUGUCCAAGAGAAAAGCCUUUAUCACUAACACCAGACAAACUGUAAAGGAAAUGAAGGAGCAGAUGUCUAGUCCUGCUGCUGUCUCACUGGACAAAACAAAUAAACAGGCUUUGCUUGGAGAACGAGGUGCUCAGGGUCCUAUCUGGCAACCAGGGCCUGAUAAAUACAGCCGCUUGGAUCGGCAGCUACAGAACGCUAACUCUCAGUUUAUUGAGGAACAGCAGACCCAGCAACAGCUGAUUGCAGGACAACAGGACGAGCAGCUGGAGCUUGUGUCUGGUACUAUUGGAGUGUUAAAGAACAUGUCUGAGCGCAUUGGCAUGGAGCUCGAUGAACAGGCUGUGAUGCUGGAUGAUUUCGGUCACGAGAUGGACAACACUCAAUCCAGACUUGACAAUGUUAUGAAGAAACUGGCUAAAGUCUCCCACAUGACCAGCGAUCGCAGACAGUGGUGCGCUAUCGGUGUUCUGCUGGGGAUCCUCUUCGUCAUCAUCAUUCUCUUUGCGGUCCUUUGAUUGAUGGAUGGUAUUCAGAUCACAAACAUGUCUUAAUCCUCUCUCUACACUCCAACUUUAUGUGACCCGGUCGUCUUCAACCAUUUUAAAAUAUCUGCGUCGUGUUGCGGAGCCUGGUGAUCAUACUGUGAAAUGAUCUUGUUUAGUCGAUGAAGAUGGCUGUUUAAAACUAUUUGAGAAAAUGAUGAAAUAAUAAUAAUAAUAAUAAUGAGGAGACUGAUAUCACCUCUGUUGUUAUAGACAGGUAAAUAACUAGCUUAUACACUCCUACACAUCGGCUGCAAACUGUUGGAUUUACCUUUGCCUCGGCACAAUCACUUUCAGCUCCGUCUCUCUUUUUUUAAAUCUUUUUUAUAAUGGUCUUGUCAAGCAUGUUUAAUCUCCUUCCAGUGUAUGACUAGAGUGAUACUUUUUAAAUUAUGCAAUCAUUUCACAUUUAAAAGUCAUAAUUUGUCUCUCACUUUUGGCUAAACCUUGUUCAGUCCUGGUUUAAUUCUGUUUUUUUUUUUUGCAUAUGAAGUUAUCAUGGUGCAGCUGUUUUUCUCUAAGUAAUAAUGGUUCAAAUUGAACACUGAAGCAGGUGAAGUUAUUGUGACUGGACGACUGGACUGCACUGGAUGACCUGCUUUUUUGAUAAAAUGUAAAGGCACUUUGGGUCUUUUGGCGUUCACUCAAAACUCUUUUUUCUUAUUAUUAAACAAAAAAUUGUGUUUUAAGUUGAGCUAACCAGUAAAACCCAAUUUUCUUUCUUUAGCGAAUUGCAUUUUUGGUUCUAAUUAUUAGUUAGUUUUUGGAAAAAUUUGCAAAGAUUCUACAACACUAAGAUCUUUUCUGUUUACAUUUUAUUUUAUUUGCAUUUACUGACUGAAUUUCUACUGCUGUGAUGGAAAUGGAUGACGGCUUUCUCUGCUGCUGAGCUAAUAUUAUUGAAAGCCAUACUUCCUGUUAUUGUUUGGCUGUAAAUGCUUUGAUUAUUUCUGUUAGUUUCAGUCUGUAGUGUUUCAGUUGUAGCGGAUAUGCAUGGUCCUGUUUCACACACGGUACACAGGGCAAAUUUCCAAGUUUUCAAGAUAUGUCAUAGUUUUUGUUUUUUGGACAAUUUUCAUUUGAAUCAGUGUCGGCUCGUUAUUCAGCCCUAAUACCAAGAAAAAUAAUGACUGUAAUAAUGUGUAAUAUUUAUACUUUUCUCGCUUCAGUGGAGUGUUACUGCAUAAAAGCAGCAUAAAACAUGGUAAAAGGAUUUACCUCGUGAUAAAAUGACAUUUUAAAUGUUUUUAAACCAGUGUUUGUGUUAAGAAAACUUUCAUAAACUGUAUUGAUGAUUUACAUAAGGAUGAGCAGGACUAAGAGUGUCGUUAGUGUGAUUUCAUGUUUUAUUUUCUGAACAUAUUGGACACUUCAUGUGAUGUAAACCAUGUUAACAUCUCAUUUAUGUACCAGAGUUCAUUACUGUUCUGACUAGAGUUAGGGUUAGUUUUACUUAAAACUUCCCACUGUACCAUUAACCCUGUUAACUAAACUUUUGUCUGUUAUAUUUGUUUUAUAAAAUAUGUUAACCAAUGUGAACCUUCACAUAUCUGUCAUGUUAUGAACCACUAAACUGUAAUCAUACUCAUUCUGUUCAGGAUAACACUUUAUUUUUUUCUGUCGACAAAUGUUGAAAAGAAAGAACUGAAGCUUUGUUAUUGAUCAGUGAUCAAUAAAAGUCCUGGGAAAAAUGUCU